AUGGCUCAGCAGUUAAGUCUGAAGAUUGUGGUUCAAAACCUCAGAACCCACAUAAGAAGCUUGGUGUUCUAUCCAGGCCCAGCAGUGUGGAUGGGGGCAAACGGUGCAUUGCUGGCAUUCACUGGCCACAGGUCUAGCUCUAUGUUCAGCGAGAGACCCUACAGCAAGAGAAUGAGACAGUGUGAGGACAGUGACUGCUAUAGGAGACAGUAUGAGGAGAGUGACUGCUACAGGAGACAGUGUGAGGAGAGUGACUGCUACAACAGACAGUGUGAGGAGAGUGACUGCUACAGCAGACAGUGUGAGGACAGUGACUGCUAUAGGAGACAGUGUGAGGACAGUGACUGCUAUAGGAGACAGUAUGAGGAGAGUGACUGCUACAGCAGACAGUGUGAGGAGAGUGACUGCUACAACAGACAGUGUGAGGUGAGUGACUGCUACAGCAGACAGUGUGAGGAGAGUGACUGCUACAGGAGACAGUGUGAGGACAGUGACUGCUACAGCAGACAGUGUGAGGACAGUGACUGCUACAGCAGACAGUGUGAGGUGAGUGACUGCUACAGCAGACAGUGUGAGUGUGAGGAGAGUGACUGCUACAGCAGACAGUGUGAGGACAGUGACUGCUACAGCAGACAGUGUGAGGACAGUGACUGCUACAGCAGACAGUGUGAGGAGAGUGACUGCUACAGCAGACAGUGUGAGGACAGUGACUGCUACAGCAGACAGUGUGAGGACAGUGACUGCUACAGCAGACAGUGUGAGGAGAGUGACUGCUACAGGAGACAGUGUGAGGAGAGUGACUGCUACAGGAGACAGUGUGAGGAGAGUGACUGCUAUAGCAGACAGUGUGAGGAGAGUGACUGCUACAGCAGACAGUGUGAGGACAGUGACUGCUACAGGAGACAGUGUGAGGAGAGUGACUGCUACAGCAGACAGUGUGAGGACAGUGACUGCUACAGCAGACAGUGUGAGGACAGUGACUGCUACAGGAGACAGUGUGAGGAGAGUGACUGCUACAGCAGACAGUGUGAGGAGAGUGACUGCUACAGCAGACAGUGUGAGGAGAGUGACUGCUACAGGAGACAGUGUGAGGAGAGUGACUGCUACAGCAGACAGUGUGAGGACAGUGACUGCUACAGCAGACAGUGUGAGGUGAGUGACUGCUACAGGAGACAGUGUGAGGUGAGUGACUGCUACAGCAGACAGUGUGAGGUGAGUGACUGCUACAACAGACAGUGUGAGGUGAGAGACUGCUACAGGAGACAGUGUGAGGUGAGUGAGUACUACAUGAGGCAGUGUGAAGAGAGAGUAAAGAUGUCAGUCAUCUUGUUAAUAUGA